UAAGAACAUUCUUUAUUUCAACUUAGGGGUACCCUUCAACUUAGUGUUCAUCAACUUAGCAGUUUCUUACCAAACACUUCAACAGAGCAGAGUAUGGUUAAGAUGGCUCUAUCCACAAUCAGAGUUUCCAGUUUAAUCUUCUUGGCAGCAAUUUGCUUCUUCCUCUUCGCACUGCAAUCCCAAUCUUAUGAUCAUGCAGAUUCUAAGAUGGGGUAUCAACCAAAGAGCAUGGAAGUUCAUGAAAUGAUUCAAAGCAGAAAGGUGUUGAAGAUGCAAGAAGGGGAAGUGAAGAUAUCAAAUAUUGGGAAUGGUGAGAAGAUGAUUGAGAGGGAGCUAAGGGAAGCCCCAAUGGGUCCAGAUCCUCUCCACCACCAUGGGGGCAGCCCAAUCAGCAGAAACAAUAAUCUGCAGCCUACAGAAAAUCCUUAGAGAUUUAAUUACGUCAUUAGUUACCCUAAUUUUGUCUUAAUGACUGGGUAGCUUUUCCAGUUUCUUUAACUUUGGCUGGCCGGCUAUAGCUGAUUAAUUACGUACUUACUAGUGUUUUUGCUAUGUUAGAUACAUGGCAUUCAAUACUGUGGAUGCAUGUAGAACAAUUCAUACAUUAGUAGGUAGUCAAAAGGCCAUGUAAUAUAUUAGGUGCUUUUAAUUUCCUGGCAUUUGAACGUGUCACGUGUGGUAAAUGAAAUUUAGCAGUUCAC